UUCGUGCCGCGAGGUCUACGGUUCGCUCCUUUCAGUUCCAUCUUCGUGCGUGUUUCGUGUGUGUGCGUGGAUCGGUCGGAUUUUUUGAAAAACUAAAUGUGAAAGAUACGUCGGGUUUUCUUACUUUGUCGUUGAACGCUGUUGGACGAUUUAUGGCGGGAUCGGUUCGUUCGAAAAUUGAUCCACCAGCCAUGGGUCUCUAAAGCACAGGGCCUAGUCAGCGAUCUCCAACGGGCAGCCAAUGGAUAUCUGAACUCCGCGGUAGUGAUCGAAUCACCCUGGAAGGAAGCUGACGCGCUAUAGGGAGGAAAGGCGAGAGGAAGAGUGUCCCGCGUGCCAAGAAGAUGCGGUUGUUCGCGUGGCCUGGCAGCGUGACUCGCGACGGACUCAUAAACGAUGAAUUGGCGGGCAGCGAUGUUGGCUCGGCGGAGAAAAGCGGCAGCAGCAGGAGCAGCAGCUGUGGAGGCAGCCAGGCCAACGAGCGAACCGGCAUCAGAUUCGGGGAAAAACCGGGCGAACACCGCGGGCACACCAUCGGCUGGGCAUGUACGUCAUCUACCCGGCGGACGAGCUGUUGCGUAUCUAUGAGAACCCAGUCCGUGAUAGCCCAGUGUUAACCGACGAACGUCGACCGAGCUGCCAGGUGACCGUGAUCGCGGUCGACGAUAACGAGCGACCGGUCGCCCAGCAGAAGCCCAAAGGGCGCAAGGAGAAGAGGAGGGAGCGCGGACAGACGCGCAAAAAGAGAACGGGCCGUAACGAGGCACGCGGUAACGAGGUCGCGAAGGGCAACCGCCGCGACAAGCACACCAGGACUAUGCUAAAUAGCCGUGCGACCGGCGAGGAUGCCCCGAAUCCUCUCAAGGACCUCGUGCAGCCGGGGCUCAACGAGCCGCUCAAACAGCACAAUGCGUCCGCCCUCAAACUCGUGCAGACCGUGUCGGAGUUUGCACAGGAGUUGGGCGCGGCGAUGGAGAACCAUUCCGCGAUGGUACGACGUCUGGUCGACGAGUUUCGCGGAAGAUCCGGUGACAUGAGGGUCGAUUCCGGCGGAAUGCGUCGGGUCUGGGAGAGUCUGCUCCGUCAAGUCGAAGCGGACGCGGUGGCACACUUGGAUCUGGCUGCGGUACUUCAACAGCAGCUGUCCAGACCCACUUUAGAAGCCAGCUUCCAUCGCAAGCUUCAAUCCAGAAAGGUGUUCGCGCACCGAGAGGCUUACGAGCAAGUAGUCGCAAAGACGGAGGAGAAACUGCAGCGUGCCCGAGCGGAUUACAAGCGCGCUUACGCCGCGCUGCUGACGAGCGACGGUAGUAGCGAUCAGGAACUGAAACGCGCUUACUUGGAAUCUCACAACGCUUAUGUUCUUCAACUGAGGGCCACUAACGCCAUCACGGAACGAUACCAAGCUCACUGCCUACCCGGUCUACUCGGCGAAAUAGCGGAGGUGUACGAGGAGCUGUGCGGGCUGGCUUGCAAAUGCGUCGCCGGCAUAUCGGAAGCGGCGGCGGAGCGGGCUAGCGAGCAGGCGAAGCGUUAUCAAGCUGUCGCCAAGGAGGCUCAAGUGAUCGCACCGUUGAACGACCUGCAAGUUCUGGCACGGAGCCUAGCGGCGACGGCGACUCCGUCAAAAAAGCCUUCCAGGCGCCUGUUCGUGGCACCGGGUCCACCGGAACAAGUACCGAUCGACAGGAUCAAUCAAGUACCUCCGCUUAGGGACGAAUUGGCGCCGACAUCGACCAGCACUUUGCCUCUGAUGGAAGAUCUACGACGGGAACACGAUACUCUGUCGCAAGAAAUAAGUCGUCUACAGGACGCCCUGGACGCGCUGGUCCGCAUGCAACGCAAAAGCGCCGAAAGCAAUCUCUACACUAAAGUGGCCGAGCUACAAGAAGAUAUAUCUAUGAAGCGUUUCGAGCUGGGGGAGGCGCAACUCUAUCUGGCGGCUGUGCAGGCUCAGAAGGAGCUGUUCGGAGGAGGAGAAGCCGGUCAACCGGAUGGGGUGAGCAGCCGGAAGAUGUCGAAUGGCUCGACCGGAAGUACCAAGCACAAAUGGUUGAAAGCGUUCAAGAGCUUGAAGACCAGUUCUCCCACAACGCCGCCAACAACUGACAAAGGGAAACAGGCGAUGUACCAUGCUGUCUCUACGGUGGUCGCCAUGUCCAGAAAAAGUCUAGAAUCCGAGGGAGGGCACUCAUGGCGCGAGUACACGUACCGGAAGAUCACUCCGUGCGACGCCUGUGGCCAAGUACUGAGAGGUCACAGCCGCCAAGGUGUGAGAUGUCGCGGCUGCAAAGCGAACGCUCACACCGAUUGCAUCAAUCUGGUCCAACCCGCCAUGUGUCCGAGUCUCGCGCCGAAGAAAAGCGGCGGAAUACCUCUUCUUCGACGGCAAAAGACCCAGGCCCAGGUGGAUGAGACACCGGCCGAGCACAACGUGGACGCCAUAUACCAGGUGCUGAAGCAGGCAGGCGAGAUCCGUGGAAACUCGACAAACUCACCACCUACGCCUCCCACAGCAGAUCAUCCUCCAGCACCUUCGUCAACGAGGGCCUCCUCCCACCCCUGUUCCUCGUCCACCUCUGCGCCGCAUAGUCCGCAACGUAGACGCGAGAGACUGAAUCUGAGGAUGAAGAGUCUCAGCCUGGACUCACCGGAGGGUACUGCGCAUGUCCGACAUCGUCCUAGGGAUUACUAUGCCACUGGCCAACGGGAGUCCACGCCACCUAGACACUCUGACAGCGGAAGCAUCAAUAGAUUGUCCCCAUGCAGCCCAGGCCAAGGCCACCCCGUCCACAAGCACAUACGUGGAGCCAUCAGAAUGUCAAGUAUGGAAUUGCCUGACGAAAACGAGAAGUCCUACUCAUCGGCGAGCACCUCUCCCUGCCCCUCCCCGCAUACCAACAACCAGAACCACAUGAACCCACCAGGGAAACGUGUCCUGCCACCUAACAAUCUCUACGUGGUGCUGUACAACUUCGAAGCGCGUCACCGGGAUGAGUUAGACCUGAAGGCGGGUUACAAGGUGACGGUGAUCGAUAAGUCCGAGAAGGACUGGUGGAAAGGGAAGUGUCUGGGUGGUCGAGUUGGUUAUUUCCCUAGCGCGUACGUUAUGCGAGUGGAAUCUGGCCAGAAGACUCUUCAGGUUACUCGCAAUCUUCAGCUGACUGAUCAGAUCACACUACUGCGUGAUCAGAUCGUGAUCCAGGUGGGCGAGGAGGUAGAUGGCGUCGCGAUGGUCCGCUGCGCCGCGGACGUCCGCUCAGCAGACCAUACAGGCAAAGAGGGCGAGGUCCUGUACAAGGAAACCUUGUGUCCGCUGAAAUACUUGCAAGAGGUGUGACAACAGCCUCGCCAGUUAGGCGAGCGUCAGAAUCGCGCGAAUUUCCGCGAGCGAUUCGCCGCUUCGACGCGUCGGAACGCGGUCGAAAAGUACUACG